AUGAUUCGCACAGCAAAUUCAAGGGCCACUUUCAGGGGCACCCCAGUAAUUAAGCCAAAACAAAUUAGCAAAGUAAAACAUGGUCUCGUUCUAGGGUUUUAUCGGGGUACAGAGAAAACUGCAAGUUUGCAAGAUGCCUACUUCCUGUUAAUUGAAAUGGAGUGUCCUCCACCAACGUUAACAAGCCCCACUCACAUCACUGACAAUCCAGAUACGAAACCCACUAGGUCACCGCCGUCGCCGUGGCCACAAGAGCCCGACCCCAAGAAGCUCAAAAUGUCCACCCACCACCUGACGGACGAAGAAGCAACCCGGCGGGGACCUAACGCGCUAAAACGCCACGAAAGCGCCGAAGAAUAUCUUCGCAUCCGAACAGAACUGUGUUCUCUUACCUUUUAUGUCGAUCGCGGGUUCAUGACCAGCAAUUCAAAGCGCGUUUCUCCUCAGAUUCGGAUUUUCGGCUACAAACGCGUCACGGCGUCGUUUAACGCGAAGAAGUUCUGUGAUCGGAGAAGGUAUGUGUAUCUGAUUCCCGUAUUUGCUCUUGAUCCUUCUGCUCAUCGCGAUAGAGGGAGCGUGUUGGCUAGUCUUGGGUCUGAUCAGAGUUGGUUCUUCCCGGAAAUGCUGGCUGUUCUUACGGAGAAUGCUGGGGUUGAUAAUUCGAAUUCUGAACUCAAAACUGAAAUUAGCAUUAGUAUUAAUAACAAUGAGGUUACUGAAAUUGAGGUUGAGAAUAAUCGAGUGGUCCCCAAUGAGGCAGAGGCUGCUGAUUUGAAUUCGGAGUCACUAGAUGAUACGAAUGUUAGUUUUGGUGAAGAGAAGGCUAAUGAAAAAGAGAAUACAGAGGAAGGAAGUGGAAAAGGAAAUGGGUUUUGUUAUGGUGAGAAGGAGAGGGAAAGGUUCAACAAAAUUUUGAAUAGUUAUGAGGGGACUCAUAACUUCCACAACUUCACCACCAGAACUAAAGCGGUAGACCCUGCUCAGCGCUACAUUAUUUCAUUCAAUGCGAACACCACGGUUACAGUUGAGGGUAUGGAAUUCGUUAAGUGUGAGGUUGUGGGGCAGAGCUUCAUGCUUCAUCAGAUUAGGAAGAUGAUCGGGCUUGCGGGCAUCUUUCAGGAGUGCCCAGAAGUCAUGUUCGAAAGAGCAUUGCAAAAGGAUGUUAACAUCAAUGUGCCGACAGCUCCUGAAGUUGGAUUGUACUUGGAUGAGUGCUUCUUUUCGUCAUAUAACCAGAAAUGGGGAGACAGUCAUGAAGAGCUGUCAAUGAAAGGCUAUGAACAAGAGGCAGAAGACUUCAAGAUGAAGCAUAUAUACACUCACAUAGCAUCCACCGAGCAUAAAGAAGGUGUUGUGGGUCUCUGGUUGCACUCCCUCAACCACCGUAACUAUCCGGAUUUAGGUCCUGCUGAGAACAAUGGAAAUACCAGCAACGGAAUAAGUGCUGAUACGGGUAAUGUCGUUGCUGAGUAAGUUUUUUUUUUUUUUUUCCCACAGGGAAUCCGAUUUCUUCAAUGUAUGCCUUUUAUUUCUUCAAUGAAUACAGCAUCUAGCUCUAAUGUCUUUUAGGGAAAACAAAAGAUGUGGCCCAGUUUCAUUCAUGGUUUAGGUUACUUGCUGUGUAAUUCUUCUUAGAGAGGAAUUUAUGAUUACAGAAGGGUUUUAAGAAAGUUGAUUUAUCCCACA